AUGAGCUCCGCCCAAACAUCGCCUAUAACUCCCACGACCGGCACGCUGGCCCCGCACGACGAUGUCACUCUUCCAUUUGAUGCGCACUUCGCGUUUCUCACUACGGAACCGCUGUGCAGUCUCAACAAUACCGCCGCUACCGAAAGUCUGGCUAUCCUACAGAACGGUCUUUGUGACGGCAAACAAUUGAAGAUAGAGUUCGAGCUGAUAACGGACUGUUUCCUGUAUGGCGAACGUUUGUUUGGAGGUGCGAUGGAGGAACAGCUUGUCCAGAUGCCGUGCAGAGCCGCUAUUCAGCAUUACAACGUUUAUAUCAAUGCUGUCGCCGGAAUGUGUUCUUACCCGGAAAAGGCCCGUAUUUCCGCAGGGCAUGGCUUGUACAUACAGGCAAAAUACUGGACGGCUAGGCGCAGGGGCACCGAGUUGGAGAGUUGCUAUCAGAAGCUGGCCAACGACGUCGCCAAGCUGUAUGGGAUUGUCGAGCCUCAACAGCGCUCUACUUGGCCUGAACCUCAGAACACGACACCGAGGACCAAGACCACGACGCCGAGCGGCAUC